AUGCCUGAUGCUGAUAUGGAGAGGGUCCCGAAAAAUGGAUCUGAUUGCGGUACAAAUACCGAUGAAAAUGAGGAUGAAAACUCAAAUUCUGGUACAGCAAUACUUCAAAAGAAGACUAGAAAGCGUGGGAUUGUUUAUUUAUCAACGAUACCACCUUACAUGAAUGUUGCAAAGAUUCGAGAAAUUUUCAGUCAAUAUGGUGAAGUCGGUAGGAUAUAUCUUCAACCGAGUACAAAGCCUGGUGAGAAACGCAAGCAUAUUCCCAACCAAUUCACAGAGGGCUGGGUUGAAUUUCAAAAGAAAAAAGUUGCUAAACAAGUUGCAGCCAGUCUCAAUAACACAAAAAUUGGAACACGAAAGAAAUCUCGCUAUUACGAUAUGAUAUGGAAUAUUAAAUAUAUACCAAGAUUUAAAUGGGUGCAUUUGAGCGAAAGACUGGCAUAUGAACGAGCUGCAAUGAAACAGAGACUUCGUGCUGAAAUAUCACAGGCUAAGAAGGAGGCUCAUUACUUACAGAGUAAUGUUGAGAAGAGCAAAAAGAUAAAACGAAGGAAAGCUGCUGAAAAUGGAGAUUGA